UUACUCCUGCUCAAACUCUCCAAUGCAUUGCUCCAAACACCUCACCAGUGCUUCCCAUCUCAGAAGCAGAUAAACGCGCAUUCUGCUGGACCGGACACCUUCUUCUUGAAAUCUAGUCUGCAGAUAUUCAAGGGUGUUGCAACAAAUAAAAUCCUCCUAAAUGCUGACAGAGCCGUGUGGCCUGAUGGGAUCGGACGUCAGAGACCUGAGCGCCCUGCUUCCAGUGGUCCCGAACGCAAACUGUUCCAUGCCUGUCGGUGGAGCUCCGCAGUGGGGACCGAUGCUGGACUAUCACCCUACCUCCCCGUACGGAUCUCUUCCCUCCCACUCCUUUGUCAAACAGGAGCCGGGCUGGGGGCCCGCAGAUGCUCACGAGGAUCCGCACUGCGGUUUGGGGGCCUUCACCGUGCACUUCUCGGGGCAGCUCACAGGGAUGCAUGGGCCGUUUGCUGAUUCUCCGUCCAGCCAGAGCAGGAUGUUCUCCAGCGGGCCUUAUCUGCCAGGCUGCAUGGACAGCCCUCCUGCCCCGCGCAACCAGGGUUAUGGUACAGUAGCAUUAGAUGGAGCUCCCAGUUACGGACACACACCUCACCACACUCCACCAUUCCCAAACAAUACCUUCAAACACGAGGACCCCAUGUCCCCCCAAAGCAGCAUUGGUGAGCCGCAGUACUCCGUCCCACCGCCUGUCUAUGGGUGCCACAGUCCUCCUGACAGUCUUUUGAGAAAUAGCUUCAACAGUGAUAAUCUCUACCAAAUGGCGUCUCAGUUGGAAUGUGUUACCUGGAAUCCCGUCGGCUCGCUGACACCCAGCAUAAAGAGUCACAGUGGCGGUUAUGAGGCCGAAGCGUCUGCAGGAGCUCCGCUGGUGUACAGAUGCAGCACUCAGUAUCACAUACACACCCAUGGUCUGUUCAGAGGAGUACAGGAUGUGCGGAGUGUACCAGGCAUCACUCCCUCCAUUAAAUCACCAGAGAGCAGUGAGAAACGACCUUUUAUGUGUUCUUACCCCGGCUGCAGUAAGAGAUACUUCAAACUGUCCCACCUGCAGAUGCACGGCAGGAAACACACAGGUGAGAAGCCCUAUCAGUGCGACUACACAGGCUGUGGCCGCAGGUUUUCCCGGUCUGACCAACUCAAGAGACACCAGCGCAGACACACAGGUGUCAAACCCUUUCAGUGUGAGACGUGUCAAAGAAAGUUUUCACGCUCAGACCAUCUUAAGACCCACACUCGGACUCAUACAGGUGAGAAGCCGUUUACGUGCCGCUGGCCCAGCUGUCAGAAGAAGUUCGCCCGCUCAGAUGAGCUGGUCACAUUCUGCUUUGUGUGCCACUGUAUUUCUGCUGGCCCUUAA